AGAUGCGGCCGUUACCCGCGCUCCCCAGCACAACGCGUAACGCGUAGUCCUCCGCGCAGCACGCUACGGCACAGCCAGUCCCGCCCCGCCCGCCAUGCGGCAAGUAACCGCCACACCCCCAUCAGCAAGCGGAGGAUCAUUGUCACAGCACGCUUCACACGCUAUGCAUGUGCACCGCUGCGCACCAUUGCACACCGCUGCUCACCUCUGGCUCUUGAUGCACUCAUGGACGCAAAAGAACGCAUGGCAAUUUGGGAGCCUCAAGGAGCCACAAGCAUGGCUCAAAGCGCGCACACUCGUGUGGAGGCAGCACUGGGAGUGCAAGGAGUUGGAGAAGCGGCAGGGUCGCCUUGGAGUUUUGAGACGUCUCAAAGCGCGCACACUUGUGUGGAGGCAGCACUGGGAGUGCAAGGAGUUGGAGAAGCGGCAGGGUCGCCUUGGAGUUUUGAGACGUCUCAAAGCGCGCACACUCGUGUGGAGGCAGCACUCGGAGUCCAGGGAGUUGGAGAAGCCGGACGGCCGCCUUGGCCUCCCGACAGCCUGCAUCUCUCUGCUCGUUUCCAGGCUGCUAGGCAACAAGGAGAGCCGCCCCGGCAGCAUGUGCCGCCGUUACACCAUGGGCGGCUGCUAAGGCGUGAAGGGGUGCUGCAACUGUGUUGGGUACUUACAGCGUGGGCGGCGGUGUGCAUUGCCAGUGCAGGGGGGCUGGCUGGUGACCGCGGCGGCCUCAGAGACUGUGCGGACAUCUUGGCAGCAGGAGUGGCUCUCACGCCCACCACCGCCUCCCCUGCCACCUCCGCGCCCCCCUCCUCCACCUCCGACUCGAAUAAGACCUCCUCCACUGUAGAUAACACCUCCACUGUAGAUAGCACCUCCCCCAACUCUACCGCCAGCAGCAGGAGGGCGGGCGAGUGGGGGCACCACCGGCGGUACGAGCGGCGGGCGGGGGAGUGCUGGAGCCGGGCGGAGCUGCCUUGCUAUGCGGGCAUCAGCAGACACACGCGGGCGCAGCAAGAGCAACAACCAGGCGAAGAAAACACGGACGGAUUUUCCUCCAAGACAGCUGGGCAGAACGAACAGCAGCAGCAUGGGAUGUCGGAGCAGCUGCAGGUGAAGCUGCGGCAGUACCACACGUACCGCCGCGAGUGCCUCCACCGCGAGCCCCUCCACCACCUGCGCUCCACCCUGCUGACCGGCAAGCCCACCUCUUGCCGCUACCUUGUCUUCUACCACCCCUCUGAUGGCCAGGGCAACCGCCUCAUCUCCCUCGUCUCCGCCUUUGCCUACGCGCUGCUGACCGAUCGGAUCUUCUUGUUGAGUUCUAAGAGUGGGCUCGCUGCCGUGCUGUGUGAACCGUUUGAGCACGGCGAGUCGUGGGUGCUGUUUGGGCGCGAGGAGAAGCUGGAGGAGCAUCAUGCGCAGGUGCUGCGAGUGAAGGUGGCCAGGGAGUGGCGGGAGGUGAGGCAGGGGAGGGAGAAGAUGGGGAAGAAGGGAGGUGGGCGGAGGAGGCUGGUGGAAGGGUUGCGCCAGCAGAAGGGGAGGGCGAAGUACCACCAGUUCUACGAGUGGACAUUUUUCACUCGACCCCUUCCUCCGCCCUUCCGCUCCCUCUCCCGUCUCCUCCUCUUCCCCCGCAACCGCAUCUGGGCGCAACUCACCCACCGCUUCCACACCCUCAUCGCCCCCGCGCCCGCGCGUAUUGGCCUGCAGGGCCGCUUCCCCACGCACGCGAACGAAGGUCGACUGCGGUACGACACGGUGAACAUGGGUCGGUGCCUGUUGGAUGCUCUCAACUCGUCGGUCCUGCAAGAGGCAAGGGAGAUGAGGCUUGGGGCGGAUUGGGAAGAGGGCGGGCAAGGGAGGGGGGUGGUGGAGGGGGCUGGGGCAGCGGAAGGAGGGGAGUUAGGGAGAGUUUUCGCAAGCAGUGGCAGCAGUAGCAGCAGCAGCAGUGGCAGCGGUGGCAGUGGGGAUGACUAUGGGAUAGAGGAGCUGUCAGGGAAUGUGACAGAGGUGAUGGUGGCGUCUCUAAAUGCUGCUCUGGUGCAUAACCUGUCAGCGGCAGUGACAGGCAACGUGAGCGCAGUGCGAGUGAGUGUGGGGCAUGACGCCACACAUGCUGCCAUGGGUGUUAUACUACCGCCCAUUAACACCAAUGCUGCUUCUCCUGCUCUUCCUGCUGCUACUCCUGCGCCCACAUCUCCAGAUGUAGCCAACAGCAGCAGCAGCAACAGCGCAUCCGACACCCACGUGCACAUAGUCCGGCUAACAAUCGAUGAGAAGCAGAACAAUGGCGACAAGGCGGGAGUGGACCGAGCCAUGGUGGACAUCUACACGCUCGCGCUCUUCUCAGACGCCCUCGUCAUCUCCGAGGUCUCCACCUUCGGCUACCUCUGCGCCUCGCUCUUCGGCGUGCCCCGCACCACCUUCGUCAGUGCCACGUGCAAGCGAGCGCCGCCAGAGCCGUGCUUGCACUUCCCACCGAAGAAUGAGCGGUGCCCGGACGGGCAGGCACAGGUGCUGGAGCAGGUGUUGGCUCAGGACCCGCAUGUGCCACUCAUGCACUGCGUGGAUGUGAAGAAUGGGCUCACAUUGAAACCCCUGGAAGGGUGGGAGUAG